AUGGAAAGUCGCCACGGAAGAAAGAAGGAACAGGCAGAGUCGCCAGAGGCACUCAAGACCAGAGAGGAGAAAGAAACUGUCCUCGUACGCGAAUAUCUCGCCCUCAAGGACACCCUCAAGGAAAUUGUCGAAUCGAACAAACGCGACAAUGACGCGCUUAAAGUUACAACGGCACUGCUCCGCAAGAGCCCCGACUACUAUACCAUCUGGAACGUGAGGCGAACCAUCCUCAAGGAAGGGUUCCUCGACAACGCUAGCGAUGACGAGACGGCCAACAAGAUCUACACCGGUGAGCUCGAGUUUGUGCAGGAGAACUUGAAGUUGAACCCAAAGUCAUACUGGAUGUGGAACCACCGCCGCUGGUGCCUCGAAAGCAUGAGCCAGCCCCGCUGGGACAAGGAGCUCGCCAUGGUUGGCAAGUUCCUCGAGAUGGACGCUCGCAACUUUCACGGAUGGGACUACAGGAGAUACAUCAUCCGACAGCUCGACUUGAAGGACAAGGAAGCAAAGGACAAGGUGCUCGAGCGAGCACAGUCCGAGUUUGACUUUACAAUCACAAAGAUCCACCAAAACUUUUCCAACUACUCUGCAUGGCACAACAGGAGCACUCUGCUCGGCAAGCUGGCAGAGGACAUGUCGACAGAAGAAAGGGAGGCUAUUGUAGACAACGAGUUUGAUCUUGUCAAGAACGCGAUCUAUACCGAUCCCGAAGACCAAAGCGCAUGGCUCUAUGAACUCUGGCUCAUCGGUCGAGAGGAGAGGAGUAUUUCGAUUCUAGGCGCACAUGUCAUCUCGUUCCACCCUCUAGAGAUUGUUGUCGCAUUUGAUGAGACGGUCAAGAUGCGCAACCCUUUUACAGUGUCAACCCGCGUCGACCAUGUUGCUAUCCCACUCGAGGGAGAAUGGAAGGCUACAGGAUCAGAUUCGGCGCUCGGCAGUGUGUGGAUCUUCCAGCAGGCGCCAGGUGCUGUGUAUGGCCCCACAGUCGAGAUUGUCAUUUUCUCAGACGAUGUUUGUGCGGUGCGAGCAGGAUCAAAGCUCCCUGCAGCCGUGUGCUACGAACUGGAGACAUUGAACCAGAACUUGGACGAAAUCUCGGGACGCUUGGGCAGACUGGUGAUUGGACAGAACCUGAUGUACGAUGUCACCAAGCGCAUUGGACCCGUCACUGGCCCUGACGGCACUCUGGAGACACAGGCGGUACAUCCCAAGCACCGUGUGACAUCGUUGACGGAAUCGGGCUCGCUUGACGACAGAAUUGCGCUUCUGGAGCGAGAGAUCUCAGCUGUCCGCGAACUAGUUGAACUGGAACCCGACUGUAAAUGGCCAAUCCAGAUCCUGUCGACAUUGCUAUCCGAGUUGCGCAAGACAGUCAGCAUCCACUCGACACAGGCCAAGGUCAUUGACGACGAAUGCAUUGAACUGCAGGAGAAGCUCAUCACUAUCGACCCUUUGCGCCAGGAGCGAUACGAGGACCGCCGCACACAGCUAGUGUUUGACCGUGAGACGUUGUCGAUUAUUCAGGACUCGAAGCGGUUCCCAGAGAUUGAAUACUCGGCCAAACAACCAACCAACCUGGAUCUUUCGAUGCGUGGAUUGACCCACAUCCCCAUCUCAUCUUACCUUCUCCACCUCCACACGCUUAACUUGGACUCCAACUCAAUCACAUCAACCCGCUUUCUCCGCAACCUGCUGAACGUUCGCCGAGUCAACUUGUCCAACAACCUAAUUGAGCACCUCGAAGGAAUGCAGCAUGCACCCAGCCUCGAGUUCUUGACACUCGAGAACAACAUGAUUGCGAAAUGGGAAGAUGUGGUUGCAGGAUUUGUGUUCUGGGGUGAAGGCAAGCUCGCUCGUACAGGCGGACAUGUCAAGGUACUGCUGGGCAACAAUCCUGUGGUCGUGAACGAAGGUGGUGAAUAUGUCCUUGAGAAGCGGUGGGAGGAUGUUGGGAAGGUUGGUGUUGAGAUCCAAUGGCAGUCUGAAGAGCUUCGUCUGGCCGAGGAAGCGCUCUUGGCUGCUGAAGACGAAACUGGUGCUGUUGGAAACAUGGUUGUGGAUGGCACUCGGCGUGUUAGCGCGACAGUUGUUGAGUUUGAUGCUGGACUUGCUCAUUAA